AUGCCAUACUGGAAUCGGAUCAUUAUUCUUUUUGUGCUCGCCAUCCGGACGAAUGCGACGAAUUGUAGCCGGACCCUCGACUCUGAUACAUGCCCAAUCGAGAAAUUGGCGCUACCUUCAAAAGUGGUGGUCGAGGUUGGAGAAGACCUUAUUUUGGAGGCCCACCCGCCGAGGGAUGCCUCAUUUGACUUCGAUUUCAAUCCAUUUUUCCGCUACGUGCACAGCCCUGGGCCACCGUAUACUGAGACACAUAAUGGGUCUACGAUACGGCUAUUUGCCGGUGAGCCAUCGCUUUCUCAUAUGGGGAUCAUCGCCUUCUACUGCUGGACCUGUCAACAACCUCUUGUGCGAUUCGUUACGGUAUUCGUCAAAUCGAACUUGUCGGUAUUUAUCCAGGAUGAGAUGAACCAACAUUCCAUAUACAUACACGGUUGGCCUUUGGAUAACUUGACGGUUGCGUUAAUUGAUGUUGAUGUGGAAUGGGAUGAUGAAAAGCAUAUUCUUGGCAACGAUACGAUACGGUUUCGCAACGGGUCACUUUUAAUGAAGCAUAUCCAUUCAACUUUUUACCUCCGCCAUUAUGAUAUGUAUACACGCCAAUGUAGCCAUUGUGAGCACGACCUCCCAAGGGGCAAUUUCUCCCUCCGCUUCUGCACGUCCACCCAAUGCGACCAAGUCACAACCCGCGUCGCCCAUGUCGCCGAUAUCCGGCCAAAAGUAAAAGGCGGCGUACUAUCCGGCUCUUUCCCAGCCUGGCCCUUCCUUCUCCUCAUACCAUUUGUAAUAGUCAUCGGGUGUUGUUGCUGUAUCAGGAGCAAUUACUGGACCAAACCAUAUUUCUUUCCCGUAUUCCAAACCGGCGCGAAAGCUGUUGAUCAGCGGAAUGAUAAAUUCAGACUUCGGAGUAAAUUUGCUGGGGUUUCAAAAAUGUGGAGGCGCACGUCAAGGGCCACGGAAGCCACAGAAGAAACUAAUUUGCGGAUGGAGGAGCGAGGCAGUUUAUGUGUCAGCGACUAUACCGGCCACCUAAUCCCAGUCAUCAGCCUCGGCAAUAUCCAAAUCAAAGAGAAAAUUGGACAGGGCGCAUUUGGUGAGGUAUAUCGUGCCCUCUGGACAGCAUCUAAUGACCGGGAAGUCGCCGUGAAGACCAUUAAUUUGGCGGACAGCGAAACAGAAAAGGAGGCACAGGUCCUCUCCAAGCUGGAUCAUCCGAACAUUGUACGGUUAUUUGGGAUGACAAGGGAUGGCGGGAAAAUGCUGCUUAUUUUUGAGAUGAUGAAUCUGGGAGAUUUAAAAAGCUAUUUGAAAGCCAGAAAGCCGUUGUGUUCCAAUUAUGCGCAAUUUCCACCACCACUCGAAUCCAGCGAAUUGUUAUUUAUUACAAGACAGAUCGUCCGCGGCCUCUGCUACCUAAAUUCUCAACAAAUCGUCCAUCGAGAUCUCGCUGCUCGUAACUGUCUCGUCUCCGGCGCAGACGACACCAAAAUCUGCGAUCCCACCAAGCGAGCCCCAUUUUGCGUCAAGAUUUCCGACUUUGGGAUGUCAAGGCGGUUGUAUUCGCAGAGUGAAUAUUAUAAGAUGCAGACAGCUGGUGCGAUGCUACCUGUCAGAUGGCUCCCACCUGAAAGUUUGAAUAGCUGCAGAUUUAGUCAUCAUUCCGAUAUAUGGGCACUUGGCGUCACAAUGUGGGAGAUCUUCACAUAUGGGGAAACCCCAUUCGCGGAUUUGGAGAACAACGAAGUGGUUGCCAUCGGCUUGAGCGGGGUUAAGCCAGCAAGGCCCCCUCGAUGUCCUGUCGAGAUCUACCAACUUAUGGAAAAGUGCUGGGUGUUGAAUCCGGAGCAGCGAAUUUCAGCUGAAGAUGCAAUGCUUGAGCCGUGUUUACAAGCAUCACCAUCAAGGCCUCGACCACCACUCCGUCAUAUCGACCCACUAUCUUUCGAAGUGGAUGUACCGGAUGAUAUCGCGCCAUUAAUUAACGGGUCAAAUUGU